AUGAGCCGGCACGCUUGCUUGGCAGCAGCCGCGCUGUUGGCGGUCCUUUGCGUUGUUGACGCCCAACGACGCCUGGCCCUACCUGACCCCAGGAGUUGCGCCAACCGAGUUCGUCACUCCACCUAUCGCGAUGGACGCGGUGUAUUGCAUUCGUACUUCUUCAGUUGGGAACACGCUCCAACACGUAGUUUGGAAGUUGACUGGUUGGAUGCCAGGAACAUCUGCCGACGACACUGCAUGGACGCCGUCUCCUUGGAAACUCCACAGGAGAAUGAAUUCAUAAAGCAAAAAAUAGCAAAAGGAAAUGUUCGUUACAUCUGGACAUCGGGUCGCAAGUGCAACUUUGCUGGCUGCGAUCGCCCUGACCUUCAGCCACCCAAUGUGAACGGCUGGUUCUGGUCUGGCUCCGGUGCUAAGAUCGGGCCAACCCAACAAACGUAA